CAUGAGCUUCAUGGACAAUUAAAGCAAUGCCUGAUGUGCAAAAAACAUUUGUUGACCAUUAUGCAGUGCUGGGGUGUUCCCCCAGCAAUACUCCUGAGGAGCUGAAGAAGGCAUACCAUGAGAAGCUCAGACAGUUCCAUCCUGACAAGCGGCCAUGGAGUGCUGGUGGCUAUGGUGAGAAGGUCACCCAAUCUCUGAACGAGGCUUGGGAAGCUUUGCGUUUCCCAGCGCUCCGUGAGGCCUACGAUGUGAUUUGGCAUCGAGAGCAGGCACCGCGGGCACCGCCGGCACCGCCCGCACGCGUGGCCCCUCAACCUCCAGAGCCAAAGAGAGAGCCACGUGGUCGCUCAAGGAGGAGACACCCGGAAGAGGUGCCAGAGACAUCGACGCCUGAACACCAGGCGGAGGUGUUGCGCAAUGAGGGGAAUGAUCUCUACAGACGUGCCCAAGCGGCGGUGUUUGCCGCACGCUCAGCGGAAGCUGCCGAAAGUCUGGAGGCACGGAUGACUGCGAUGCAGCAGUAUCGGCUGGCGAUCCGCAAGUACACUGAAGCAAUCGAGCUUACUCCAAACAAUCACCGCCUCUGGAGCAAUCGGGCAUUGUGCCACAUGGCUCUGAAGCAAUGGGACCAAUGCCGGGAGGAUGGUCUGCGAUCCACUCAGCUCAAGGCGGACUUCGCCAAGGGCUGGUUCUUGGUCGCCAAGGCAAUGUGGAAAGAAGGCUCCAGGGCAGCAGCUUUAAAGCAAAUCGAGGUGGCACUGCGGAUGGUCACCCAGCCGGACGACUUGUUGGCCUUGCAGGAAAGCAUCCUAAGUGAGGUUGAUGCCUCGAGAAAUCCAUCUCGCAGCAGUUCCAAGACAGGCUUGCUGCCCCCAAUGCCCAGCCGCAGCGUCUCUCCAUGCGCGACCCCAACACCGGGUUCGCGAGUUGCCACGCCACCAACUGUGAGGACACCCUCCAGAGCCUCCCGUGGCGCUUCCCAGUCCAGAGCAGCUUCGAACUCGUCCAGGAGGCGUUCUCCGAGUAGUGGUAAGCUGCCUGCCAUGCCAGCACACGUGGCAAGGGCCUUUGCAGUUCUGGGCGGCGAGGACUGAGCCAAGUCAGGGCGCCACCUGAAGAGAACUUUGAAGUCGGGCGAUGAACUGUUUGCCCUUGUCGAGAUUGAUUGAUGUACAUAUGCUGUGUGUGAUCCAAAGAUUACAAAUAAAUACAACUGCCAGAGAUCCUUCAUGAACAAUCCAGAUGUAAAAAGGACACGUGCAGGAUGUCAAAAGGAUCCUUUAAAGGACCUCUCACUUCUACUUCGCUAAAAUUUGGCGAGAGCCUGCGAAGACUGCUGGAGAUUCUCAAUCAUUGGGUGCAUUUGUUGCGUGAUAUCUUGUUUAUCUAUGUCCUUCUGCGCCGAUGACACCAAAGGGUGUCAUGGCAUCAAAGAAGAAGAAGAAGAAGAAGACCACGCCCUUCAUGGUCUUCGACCCCCAAAAACGCUGCGUCCAACUGUCUCUUGUAACCAAAACGUCGCACGUUCUAGGUAUCAAGGACCUUUGACGAUCCCAUCGCGGUGAAGUGGGCACUGGAACGGGACCCCAGGUGUGGC